AAGAAAAGGAGCAGAAGAGGAGAGUAAACCGCUGCUGGAUCCUGUUUCUGAGCAAACAUCUGCUCAAGAGACACUUCUGACUCCAGGACGUACGUCUGAAAGAAGAAGAAGAAGAAGAAUGAGUCCUCCAAGAAAGAAACCAGGAGAACGCGAGCGACUCAAACAUCACCGCUGUGAGCUCUGUGUUCACCAAUGGGUUCACACUGGAGAGAAACCGUACAGCUGUGACCAAUGUGGGAACGCUUUCACCACGACACAGAGCCUGAGACGACAUCAACGUGUUCACAACGGAGAGAAACCGUACAGCUGUGACCAGUGUGGGAACGCUUUCACCACGACACAAAGCCUGAGACAACAUCAACACAUUCACACUGGAGAGAAACCCUACAGCUGUGACCAGUGUGAAAAAACUUUUUCGCAAAGAGGUCACCUUGUUGCUCACCGACGCAUUCACACUGGAGAGAAACCGUACAGCUGCGACCAGUGUGGGAACGCUUUCACCACAACACAAAGCCUGAGACAACAUCAACACAUUCACACUGGAGAGAAACCCUACAGCUGUGACCAGUGUGGAAGCGAUUUCAACACGGCAAAUGGCCUGAGACGACAUCAACGUGUUCACAGCGGAGAGAAACCGUACAGCUGCGACCAGUGUGGCAGUACUUUUUCACAAAGGUACCACCUUAAUGUUCACCAACGGGUUCACACUGGAGAGAAACCGUACAGCUGUGACCAGUGUGAAAAAACGUUUUCGAAUGGAAGUAACCUUGUUAAUCACCGACGCGUUCACACUGGAGAGAAACCAUACAGCUGUGACCAGUGUGGCAGUACUUUUUCAGAAAGACACAGCCUGAAUGUUCACCAACGGGUUCACACCGGGGAGAAACCGUACAGUUGUGACCAGUGUGAAAAAACAUUUUCGCAAAGAAGUAACCUUGUUCUUCACCAACGUGUUCACACUGGAGAGAAACCGUACAGCUGUGACUAAUAUGGCCAUGCUUUCACUAGUGCAAAGAGCCUGCGACGACAUCAACGCAGUCAUACUGUAGACAAACCGUAUUAGUUUGACCAAUGUGGGUAAAUGUCUUCUCAUAGUAGAACCUUUAAAGCUCACCAGUUAUUUCAAAGGAUGUCUCAUUUACCGUUUUUAGAGCCAAGCUAGCUAUUUCUUCAUGCCUCCUCUCCAUGUGCUGUGUUGUUACAUUCUGAGCUUCCCUCUGAAACUAAAGACUGAAAACAGUAACUGAGUCUGACUGCAGUGGUUUGAUCCAGUGAGGAGGAAGAGGAGAUGAAUAAACAGAGAGAGAACUGUCAUUCUCAGCAUCAACAUGGUCAUUAUUAUUAAUUAUCUGACACCAGUAAGAUAAUAAAUAUCAUUAAAACCUGCACAGCCUGUAAUCGGUGUUGGAAUGUAACUUAUUACAUUUACUCAAGUACUGUACUUAAGCAAAAU